AUGUCCAUCCGCAUCCUCCUCUUCGCCACCCGCAAACCCACCCUCACCCCCGCCGAGUUCAAAGCCCACUACGAAAACAACCACGUCCCUCUGAUUCAGCGUCUCGCCGGCGCGGACUUUCCUGCGACACACAUUCGCCGGUAUCUCGCGCGAAGCACCGAGCCCAACAGCGACGGCGAGUACCCAGCGACUGUCUUGUUCGGCAGCCAAGAGGAAUUUGGGUACGACGCGGUCACCGAAGUGGUCUUUAGUGACCAGGAGGCGAAGCAGAGGUUCUUUGCAAAGCUGACUGCGCCGGAGGCGAAGAAGUUGCUUGAGGAGGAUGAGGAGUUGUUUUUGGUGAGGGAGAAGCUGAGCGUGGUUGUGAUAGGGGACUGUCUUGAGACGAAGUGA